AUGGAGAUCUCACUAUCAUGUACGAUGUGGUUAGAUCAUAUGCAUCAAAUUAUAUGGCACAAGUCACUAUGGAGAAUCAUAACCCGCUUGGCCCGGUUGGAUAACUGGAAAAUUAGUUUUGACUGGAUGCGGGACGAGUUUAUCAAUACCAUGAAAGGAGCUUACACGAGUCUUGUUGAUUCAUUGGAUUGUGUCAACGGUCCACAAGCCGAGUACUAUCAAGCGCUUGACUUUUCCAAUGUGUUAAGCUGUGCAAGACGGCCAACCAUCAUAGAUCUCCCUCUUACGAAGUAUAAUGAUUCUACGUUUGGCCUUAUCCCGUUCUGCUUUAGAAAUGGGACGAUUCUGCCACGGUCGAUGGGUCCAAGCAAGUCGAUCUCAGUUUUCCAAAUGCAGGUUUACAAAAUGCCUCCUGAUCUUAACAUCUUUGCUCUUUCACCACCUCAGAACUGGAGGAUCAACGGUACACUUGGUCCUCCUGUUCGAGUGAGAAAGAUGCGAUGCUGUGUAUCUUUCUCUGCCUACUUCAACGACUCUAUCAUCCCGUGUAAGACUUGCGCUUGUGGGUGUUCCAACGCCAAAGUGGCUCGGACGUGCACCACAACCUCCCGGGCUAUUCUUCUACCUCAGCAAGCUCUCCUGGUUCCAUUUGAGAACCGAACCGAACCGAACUUAGUAUCGCUUGUGCCAAAUCCAUUGCCUUGUUGUGGGGAUAACUGCGGAGUUAGCAUUAAUUGGCAUUUGGCUACAGACUAUCGAGGCGGAUGGACAGCCUUCAACUUUGCUGAUUGGUUUACUACUUUACUGCCAUUCAAAUGA